CUCUAGCACGUGUUGCAUUUGAACGAAAAAAACGAGCUCGCGUAAACAAAAGUUUUUUCCACAAAUUAAACCAGUAAAGCGCAAAUGAAGUGAUCAAAAAGAGUGUUAAACAAACAGCGACAUGGCGUCUUUAGCGGAAAAGACGAAAAACACAAACACAUUUCGGUUCAAAUCGUUCGGAGACCGUGUGAAUGAGAUCGACCUGCGGCACUUGGCCCUCUACCACAUUGGCCACCGCAACGAGGAGCUCGACGAGGAGGAGAACGCCACCUACUUCCAGCAGACUAUCCAGAAAUGGAACGUGCUCAACCUGACCGAGGAGUACAACUACUUCAGCAAGCGAUGCCGAAAGAUUGUCACCCUGCCGCAGCUGCUGCACCAGAAGGAGUUUGUGGUGGACCUGCUGCUGGAGCGCCUGGCCACGGCCACAAAUCUUUCGCAGCAGCCGCUGCUGGAGCUGCUCUACGUGCUUGCCCGCGAUCUGCGCGAGGAGUUCUACCCGUACUUCCAGCGCGUGCUGGACCGCCUGAUCUGCCUGCUGAACAUCCAGGAUGCCGAGCAGCUGGAGUGGACGCUCAUAUGCCUGGCCCACUUGUUCAAGACCCUCAAGCCGUAUCUGAAGCGCAACAUUGGUGUGGUCUUCAAUGCCAUUCUUCCGCUCCUGGACGAGCAGCACUAUGCCGAACACGUGACAAACUUUGCCGUGGAAUGCUUUGCCUAUAUAGCCCGCGAUGUCCGUGAUUUCCCCCGCUUCCUGGCAUACGUUCUUCAGACAGUGCUGCGGGAGCAGGUGGAGAGUGUCCAUGGCUGCGGGAGACUGAUCUACGAGAUCCUGCGCGGCGUCAACGGUCAGCUGCACAACUCGGCAGCCGAGAUCUUGGCCCACGUCCUGGAGGUCCUCGUCAACAGCGCCUCGCUUCACACCAAAGCCCAGACCGAUCUGUUGGGCGACAUUGUGGAGCAUUCCAUGGGCCUGCUGCUGAACUUUUUGCGCUCGGACCAGAGUCCUGUACUCUGGCAAGGCCUCUGCUCAGCUGCCGGCAGCGGCGAGAGUGUGGAUGUGUCGCGCCUCAUCGAUCUGAUGCUGCCCCUCGUCACCCACAAGGAUGGACGCUACGUUUCGGAACUGCCACUGGUGGUGGCCACGCUGCUGAAGUUGCUGGACCGGGAAGUAGAACCGCUCCAUCCCCUGACCACCUUGGUCACAAAUCUGCUGAAAGCCCAACAUGCGCAGCUCACGCAGCUGGACGCCAGUCGACUGCUGCAGAAGCUCCUAAGCGUAAGCCGUGCGAAUGUGUCCGUUUACGAGGACUCCAUUCUGCAGCUGCUGGACUACCAACAGUUUGAGAUUCUGGUGCUGCCGCAAGUCAUUGGCUACUACGAGGAGCAGAGGGAAUCGCGGGCCUUGGAGCUAUUGGCUCGCGUUGUCCAGCACAAGAGGCCGCUGCAGGUGGAUGCCAACUCCCUGGCCCAGUGGGAGGUUUAUCCGCUGCCUCUAAAGCAGAAGGAGACCAUCAAGAGUAUUGAACAGCAGCUGACGAAGUUGGACGUGAAUGAGGAGGAUCACCUGCUGCUGCUGGUGCUGGCUCCCCACCUAAGGGGCUUCAGCAAGCAGUCCUUGGACCAGGGCCUGCAAUCUGUCAUUGAGCAGCUUUUAAAGGAAGGAGAAAAGGAUUUCACGCUGCUACUCUUGCUGCUUCAAACGCAUGCUCUGCUCAAGUUCAAGCUUGCCAAAGAUUUGCGUUCCAGAAUUAAAGAAUACCUCAUCCCCCAGCUGGGCAAGGACAUCAGGGCCUUGGCCUGCCUGCAACUGAUCCUCCUGGAGACCCCCAAAAGCGAGCUUUCCCCAUCGGAAGACGUGCUCUCGGCCGUGUCCAUCCUUCUGAGCCAACCUCAGUCGCAGUACCGACGCCUUGCUGCCCAGUGCCUGGAUGUGGUGAGCAGUUCGCGGAAACCAAAUCCCUACUCCUACUUCUACGCCGCCACCUCCAUCGAGCCCACGGUCCACAACUACCGCGAGCUGCUCCUCCAGCUGCAGCAGCUGGAGCCCUCGGCAGCCCAGUUCAAGCAGUUCUCGCUGCAUCCGCACUUCAAGGAGCACGCGGUGAGCCUUCUGCUCGGUCUGCUCUACAACAACUUUAAGUUUGUGUGGGCACCCGUCCAGCAGCUCCUGGCUUCCUAUGUAAAGACAAUGACCACAGAGGAGUUCUGGAGCCUUUUCAAGUCAAAGCUAGUAGAGACUGUGGCCUGCAUAGACUACAAAAAGGAGGUGACCAUUCUUCAGCAACCCCAACGUAGAAGCUACAAUUCCGCCGCUUUAACCAUGCUACUAACCUUGGCAGAGGAGCAACAGUUCAGCCUCCAGCAAGCUCUCAACUACCGUCAGCUCCUCUGGCAAAGUCUACCCAAAUUGGGCUCCCUGGCCGAGGUAAAGAAUGCCGACUUGGUGCGUCUGUUUCUUCAGUUUGUGGAGCAGGAGUAUCGAGCCCAGCUGGAGAAAUCUGAGCACACCUGGAACGUAAACGACGCCACAGGUGAGCAGCUGCAGCAACUAGCUGAAGAGGUGGAUGAAGACGAAGAGGAUGAAUCCAAGAACGAAUCCCGAAUGAGAAAGAAAAGGAGAACCCACAAUUCCCAUGCCAAGUUCAUACUGCAGACCCUCCAGCUGAAGCUGGCCUGCUUUGUGUCCCAACCCAAUCCCAAGGCUUUGCAUCGGCAGGCGGAGAUGCACGAAUUCUACCUGGAGCUACUAGCCGGCCCGAAUGCGCAGCUCCAACAACUGGCUCUGGACUGUUUGGCGGCCUACAAGCAGCCGGUGGCUCUGGUCCAGCAGAAAGAACACCUAGCCGGACUCAUUGACGAAGCCAAGUUCAAGACGACGCUCACCGGAUUCGAUUUAGCCAGUAUUCCGGCUCAGCAGAGAUCGGAAAUGAUGCCCUUCAUGCUGCGCGUGCUCUACGGCAAAAUGCUGACCAAGGGCGUCCAGAAGCAACUGAGUGCCCAGCUGCGCAAGACACUGAUUCUGCGAUUUUUGGGUCAACUGGAGGAGUCCGAAAUCAUUGAUUUUCUGCAAAUGGCCUUUGGAAAGUUUUCGCAGUACACAGACAAGCCUGUCGGUGAGCUGGUCAAGUACGCCAGGGAGUCGUACGAUCCCUCGGCAGUGAUUGCUGCCAGGCAGCUGCAAAGGAUUGUCAAUCUUCUAGAGUUGAUUAGAAAGGAGUUUGCAGGCAAGCUGACUGCAGCCUUCCAGGUCUACGUUCUGAAACUGCUGCUGCUUGUGGGAAGCGUGGCCCAGGAGGUCAUCAAGGGAGAAGGAAAACUGGUGGCUGCCUACAAGAAUGUCAAGCACUCGGGCCUGCAGACCUUGGUGAACUACUUCAGCCAGCUGGUGGACAUGGAGGAGCUGUGGCAGGAGCCGGAGAUGAAUGCGGUUUGCGAGGUCUACGUUUGGCCAGCGCUGGCACGCCUCUCCCAGGACUCUAUACACACGCCCACGCCCCUGCUGAAACUGCUCCUACUGUGGGGAGGCGAACCACGCUACCAGAAGUGGCUUAACCAAAGUCCCCCCUCGGACAAGGAGCCCAUAAUGCAUCACCUGAUGGCCCUGCUGCUGAACGACAAAGCCAAGCCUGUGGUGAAAAAAUCGCUUAUGACCUUGGUAGAGCAGCUCUUGGAGGCAGCUGUCUCAGAGGAGUUUGGAGCCGCGGCCCUGGCCAUUGUUCAUCCCUACAUCCCGGCCAUCCUGCAGCAGCUGCAAAACAGUUGGCGCCACAAGAAGGCCGGCAGGCAGGCGCUAGACAAGCGGGAGCUGAACAUCCUAACCCUGAUCACCUCGCAUGUGGAGGAGCCGGCCACCUGUGAGCUGCUGCUCAGCGUACUCCUGCCCAUCUUCACCAAGCAAGCAGCCUCAGCUGGCCCGGAAACCGUGGUGCAGCUGGUCACCACUCUGUCGAACCUGUUGAAGAGAGUGGCCAGGCCUCAGGACUAUGUUCGCCCCUUGGCGCCACUCUUUGAACAGGUGAAUGUUUUGCCAGCCAGGAAGCUGCUGUGCGAACUCCUGGCGGACAUGGCGAAGCGACUAAACAAGGAGGCCAAGCAGAAGCCGGAACUCUCCGCUGCAGCCGCAGCUAUAAGGGAGUGGGCUCGGAUUGUGCUGCUCCUGAAUGCCUGGGACAAGAGGUGGCUGGAGCAGCCCGACUACGACAAGCGUCUCGAAGCCCUGUCGGAGCUCAAGCAGCUGGUGGAAAAGAAGGACUUGAAGUUGGACCUGGAACUGGCGGUACUGGUGCUUUACAACUGCUUCCACAUGCUGCGCCACGACUCAGACCUGGGCAUGAGGGUAAACAUAGGAGAGCUGCUGAAGCCGCUGCUCCCUCUGAUCACCCUGAAGCUGGAGGUUAAGGAGGACUCUCACUUUUGGCUGGAGGACACACUGCUGCCUCUUUUGCAACGCUCUAUGAAGGACGAGAAGCACGAGCAUGCCAGGAGUGAGGCCAUCGGCUUGCUGGGCGAGCUGGCGCGCCAGUGUCCAUCGGCGCACGACGUCCUCAAGGAUCUGUCCCCUUUGGCGGAUAAGCACGACCUGGAGGUGGAUUUCUUUGAGAAUAUGCUUCACCUGCAGACUCAGCGACAUGGUCGUGCGCUGCAGCGUCUGGUAAAUAUCUCCGGCGGCAUCUGGCGACAGGCCCCGCCCUGCGCCCGCACCCUAACGCAGUUCCUACUCCCACUGGCCACCCGGUAUUUGCUGAGCGAAAAGCACGCCGGCAAGCACACACUGGUGGAUGCCGCCAUCGAGGCGGUGGGCGUGAUGAGUGAGCUCCUGCCCUGGGCCCAGUACCAUGCCGCCCUCCGCUACUACCUCCAGAAGCUGAGGCAUGCCCAGGGUCAGCAGAAGCAGUGCGUCCGUCUGGUGGUUCGCAUUCUAGACGCCUUCCACUUUGACCUGACGCAGGCACAAACGGACCUGGCUGCUCUCGCCCAGCUCAAGCAGAAGCUGGCAGAGGAAAAGGAGGAGGCAGAAGAGCCUGAAGAAGCCAAGACUGAAGAGGAUCCCGAAGAGAAGCCCCUGAAAACCGAAGAUCAGUCCGACUUCAUUGACUUUGAAGAGGAGGAGGCGGCCGAGCCAGUGGCUGAGCGUCAGCGCACGCAACUGCUGGCUCCCAACGCCGCCAAGCGGGUCAUGGCCACGAUAACCACUGUCCUGCUGCCCACUCUCAAUCGGGCCAUCACCGAGAAGACCAACUACGACUCCAAGCACAAGGUGAAUCGCCGGAGGCUGAGUUACGAGCGUGAGGAGGAGGAGAUCCAGAAGGUGCCCAUAGCCCUGGCCAUGGUGAAGCUGCUGCAGAAGCUGCCUUUGGAACUGCUAGACAACAGUCUACCAGGAAUCUUCAUGAAGGUCUGCACUUUCCUGCGUUCCCCCCUGAAGUCCGUUCGCAUGCUCACCCGUGACAUCCUGAAGAAGAUCAUGCUCACGCUGGGCGGCAGCUACCUGGGCCUGUUGCUGGAGCAGCUACAGUCGCUACUCACCCGUGGCUUCCAGGUGCACGUACUCUCGGUGACACUUCAUGGGGUUUUGGACGCCCUGAAGGUGGAUUUGCAACCGGAUCAUAUUGAGAAGUGCCUGCAGAACCUGCUGGAGGUGGCCCUCAACGACAUCUUUGGCGAUGUGAGCGCCGAGAAGGAGGUGGAGAAGAUCGUGGCCCACACGCCGGAGGCCAAGCCGAGUGCCAAGAGCUACCUGACCCUGAACAUAGCCUCGCGGCAUAUCCGUGACAACUGCCUGUUGGAUCUCCUACUGCCGUUUAAAGAGCACUUGGCCAGGUCGCACUCCCGGAAGGUCACACAAAAGAUCCAGGAGUGCUUUGCCAAGAUUGUGGGGGGCCUGGUGGAGAACACGCACAUUGCGCGGGAGAGCCUGCUGAUCUUCAUCUAUGGCACAAUGUCGGAGAGCAUCAGUGAUCUCCUGCCGGGCACCCAGAAGCGACAGCUCACGGACAAGGAGCAGGCGCUGAUGAAGAGGUCACGCCCCGACUGCUUGAUCCUCCAGCCGGCGCCGGGCAGACGCAGUGUGGUCACGGGCAACAAGCAGGUCAAGUCCAAUGCCCAGGCCAAUGCUCACAUCCUGAUCGAGUUCGGCCUGGAGCUCCUCCACUUCGUGUUGAAGCGAAAGAAGUUAACGGAUCUGGACUACCAGCCCUUUUUGCAUCCCCUGUUGCCCUUGCUGAGGGAUUCUCUGAGCAGCAACCACGCCAGGACCACCACAUAUGCCCUAAAAUGCUACACGGCCAUUUGGCUGGGUGAGUACGAGCUCACCGAACUCAACGCGGAGGCCCUGCAGCCGGUGGUGCAGCGCAUGUUCGAGAUCCUCAAGAACUUCUCGACUUUCGGGGCCACCAGGCAGGAGGAGAACGCCCAGCUGGUGAGGGCCAGCUUCAAGGCAGUGGUUGCCCUGCUGCGCAAGUGCCAAGACUUUAAGCUCAGCGACGAGCAGAUCGAGCAGCUGCUCCUUCACGUCGAGCAGGAGCUGCAGGAGGGCGAGUGCAGCAGCCAGACCAUGGUCUUCACUCUCCUCAAGGCGCUGGUGAGUCGCAAGGUGGACACCCGAUCCCUGCACGACCUAAUGAAGCGCCUGGGAGACCUGUCCAUAAUUUCGCCCUCGGAUUACGUAAGGGACGAGUCGCGCGGCAUCCUGCUCACCUACAUCAUGGAGUACACGCUGCGCCAGCAGGUGGAUCAGAUGGUCAAGUUCAUGUCGGUUCAGUUGUGCUACAGCCAGAUCGCCGGCCGCCUGUCGGCCAUUCAGUUCAUGCACUCGAUCAUCAACAAGUUCCCCCAGCUGAUGCUGGCGAAGCAGUCUGAGUUCUUAUACCUGUCUCUGGGCACCCGUCUGGUCAACGAUGAGGAUCCCUCGUGUCGUCGCAGUGUGGCUGCCGCCUUGGAGGCCCUGAUUGCUCGCCUUACGAAAGUGGAACGUCAGCCUUUGCUGGACCUUACGAUGCUCUUCUUCACGGCACCAAAGUCGAACCACAAUCCGGGAGUCAGGGAGAUGGCUGCCGCCCUUCUUUCCCGAUUUGUUCAGGCGGAGAAGGCGGGCUUCGCGGAAAGAUUACCACUGGUGCUGCCCACUUUAGUGAGUGUCUUGACUUCGGGUUAUGCUAAGGCAGUGGGAAGAUUUGUGCGAGCUCCGGGCUUCCAGGAGGCAGAGGUGGAUGAAUCUAGUCUACACAAGAAGACGAAACGAAAGAAAUUCGGAAGCCUGCCCAAUGAAGACCUCCUGCUGGCGGGCCACGACACCGAGGCCAGAGUGGAGCAGCAGCAGCGCAAGGUGGACCAUCAGCUCAUCCAGCUACAGUAUUGUCUCAUCAAAAUCUUUGAGCAUUGCGGCGACUCGCUGAUGAGCCAGGAGGAUCUCUCAGACACUCUGGAUGAACUGGCAUAUGGCUCGCAGCGACUCUUAGGCCACGACCACAACUGGGUUCGCUGCAAUGCAGCCAAACUCUUGACCCACAUCCUUUCUCACUACGACUACGCCUACGUUGGACAACAGCUGGCGGGGAUCAAGCAAGAAGCGGACACUAACAAGGCGCUAGACUUUAUUUACGCGCAGCCUGCCCAGGAUAUCAAGUCCCUGGUGCUGGAUCUGUGCGCCCAGGUCACGCCCGGUGAAACGGCGCAGGAAAUGAUCGAUGAAUUAUCCAAGAUUAUGCUGUACAUUGGCCACAUGCUGCGCGAUGUUCCCUUUAGUCUGAAGCAGGAGCAUGAUGCGGAGCAGGUGGAGGGUCCCGUCAACAAAAUAAAUCUCAACUGGCUGCUCCGGAAUAUCCGUUUCCUGGUCAACAAGGAGGUGGCCAAGGCCUCGCACGACACCAGCAUACGCACUGCCAUGUUCACGCUUAUAGAAGCCCUUGCCACGCUGCUCAGUGUGGAGGCCGUCACCCGACUGGCGCCCGCUCUUCUCCAGACCCUGGUGCGCGAAAUGUCCGAGGAGGACCAGAACGUGGAUGCUGAACUGCGCCAGCAAGCCCUCCGCGUGGGCAGCCGGCUGAGAAAGCGCAUUGGGGCCGAUGUCUACGACAAGCUAAGGAACCUGGUGCAGACCAAGCUGAUGGCUCGCCGUGCCGAGCGCCGCAAGGUGGUGGCUCAGGAGAAGAUCCAUGACCCGCAGCGAGCGGCCAAGCGCAAGGCUGGAGUUCAGGAGCGCAAGAAGGCAGCGAAGCGCCUGAAGGCCGCUGUCGUUCGUGGCAAGGCGCCAGACCUUAAACAGAAGCUUAAAAAGCGCAAGCGAAAAGCAGAAAUGGAUGGAUUUUAAUGUUAGUUAGUCGGUUGUUUUUUAUAUAAGUAAAAAGAUGCAAAUUGUAUUUUAUC